AUGGACGAGUUGAAAAGCUUGUUCAUCUCUCGACCUCUGUCAGAAGAUCUUUCUCCACUUACAGAGGCUGUGAAGGAGUUGUCCUCCACGACAGUAGAUUUGAAGUCAUCAAUCACAACUCUUCAUAGCUCUGUUCUUUGCAAAGACGAUCUCGCAGAAGCCUUCCAGGCUAUGACUCUCAACCCUUCCUCCAUUCAAUCAUUGAAGACCGAGCAGACAGAACUUGCUGCACAAUUUGCCACUGUUCUCAUCUCUUCAGGUUACACCGACUAUUCCAACUUCAAAGAUGAGAUCAAGCAAAUGUUUGCCUUUGCGGUCACAUACGGCGUCGACUCCACCUCCUCAAGAGCCAAUAUCAACCAUUUAGCAACGCGCAGAGAGCUGGAUACGAUGAUGGAAAUAUUGGGAGGCAUUGUAACGAAGUAUACAGAUCAACUAGUCAAAGAAACACGGGCUACAAAUGUCUCUAUCCAAGAUUGCACUAAGAAGCUUCUCUCAGAGGGUGAGUCUCUGCGUGACAACCUCUAUCUUUGUGUGCAUAAGCUGAAGUGGGCUACAGGCAUGGAUAUUGGCAAUGCUACUUCCAAUGUUGAACAUGCCAUAGAAUUGACGGAGAAGGCUGCUCUAAGGAUUCUGCGAAGAUUGAAGAAGACUCCCCAGACAAGUAAAGAUCUUGAAAAUAUGCCUCUUACUUCUUUUUAUGGAACUCUCCAUAAUUAUGAGCAAACCAAGCUUCUAAAUAAGGCAUUACUGAAGGAUCCUAUAACUACUUCUCCUGUUGCUCUUCUCUACAACAAUACGAGGAAGCCAGUCAGUGAACCUCGUAUCACUUAUCUGACUAACACUAAAGAAGAUGCUGUCAGAAAAGAAGAACUUGCUGAAAGCCAUGCUGAUGAUGCUGAUGAUGAGGGUGAUGAACCCUUAGUUAAUGACUUAGCUGACAACAUGGCCAUGAUGGCUACCAACUUCAAAAGUGAAGAGGACAUGGCACGCCUGUGUCUUAUCGCCAAAAUUCAGGAGAUAGAAGACUCUAUCAAGGGAUCCUCCUCUACUGCUGCUGCUGAUGCACCUUCUACAUCCAAGGAUACCAAAGAUCUGGUCAAACCAAAAAAGGGCUUAGGACACCGACAGAUAUGGUACUUGGACAGUGGAUGUUCCAGACACAUGACUGGAAAUAAGUCCUUGUUGAUCAACUAUGUGUCUGAACCUGGUCCUUUUGUAACCUUUGGAGAUAACGCCAGAGGUACAACUAAAGGAUAUUGUGUUCUUUCUAACGGCUCGGUUACCUUCAACCGAGUAGCCUAUGUGGAUGGACUGAAGCACAAUCUGUUAAGCAUCAGUCAACUAUGUGAUCUUAACUUCAUUGUAAAAUUUGAAGAAAAGCAGUGUACCAUUCUUGAUUAUUCUGAAAAGAAGGUAAUAACUGGUAUCCGAAAGGAUAAUGUCUAUGUGAUCAACAUAGACUCUUCUAACUCUUCUGACGCCAACAUCUAUUUCUACUAUGAGGCUACUGCUGAUCAAAAUUGGCUUUGGCAUAAAAGGUUGUCCCAUCUCAACUUCAAAACCAUCAACAAUCUUUCUAGUAAAGAUCUGGUUAUUGGACUUCCGAAGAUGUUAUAUGUCAACGUGAAGCUGUGUGCUACUUGUGAAAUAAGCAAGCAAACCAAAGCAAGCUUCAAGUGCAAGAUGUGCUCUUCUAUUUCUACUCCUUCGCACAUGCUCCAUAUGGAUCUUUGUGGUCCUGUGAGUGUUCAAAGUUUUGGUGGAAAACUCUAUACUCUUGUUAUUGUGGAUGAGUACUCAAGAUAUACCUGGGUCUUCUUUCUUCAACACAAGAGUGAUGCAGCUGAAKAAAUUAUCAACUUUGUGAAGCGGACUGAAGUCUUGAAUGGUCAACUUGUCAGAUCAAUUCGAAGUGAAAACGACACUGAAUUCAUAAACAGUAUUCUUGAACGCUUAUUUGAUGACAAGGGUAUUUCUCAAAAUUUCUCGGCAGUUCGGACUCCACAGCAUAAUGGAGUUGUUGAAAGGAGAAAUCGUACACUAUGUGAAGCUGCACGUUCAAUGCUAAGUCAAGCAAAUUUUGAUGAAUCUGGAUCGGUGCUUGCAACAUCAUCAUUCCAAAGUGAUGAUCUUGAGCUCAACAAGUGGUUGGAAUCUCAUUCCUUUGGGAAUUCAACUCCAAUCGAUGGACCUCCACACUCUAAUGGAGAUGAUGUUCCACCUUGUUGA